AACGAGUUUGGCAUGUACACACUUGUCUCGACGUCAUUCGUUCGGCUGACUGUUGUACACAGCUUCAUUUCAAGUGCAAAAGUAUGCUGGGAAAUGCUGUAGUCUGUAUACGACCGCUGUCUACGUCACUAAACCGAAUCACCGUAUUGGAAAGCUUUAGUCUGUUUGCGGCAAACGGCAUGGUUAAAGAAGUUUGUACAAACCGGUCGCCUUACGCUCACU